CUCCGCCGCAGGCGGUCGAUCCGCUCCAGUAGCCGCGAGGACCUUGGCGCCAGUGCGGGGACCAGGCGAGGGGCGCGCUGGGUAUACCUGGGCUCCCGGAAGCCCCACCAGGAGCCGCGGGUUUCGGCGCCGAGGUCGUUUCUCGGCCCCUUUUCCCGGAGACUUCAGAGGAAGUUGUGCAACCAGGAGCACUCGACCGCCGAGAGGUCCGUGGAGGAGAUCCUCGGCCCCGCGCUGUCUUGCUAGUCCUGAGGCUCCGAGCCACCUUUGCUCUUGGGCUGCGCCGCGCCGGCCCGGGGCAGCCACAGAACUGUCUAAAUCAUGGACAAACAAAGACCUCCAGGACAUGCAGGCUACCCAGCCCCACCAGCUGGCUUUCCUGUCCAACACCAGCCAAUGACCAAUCAACCAGGUGGACCUGCAGGAGUACCAUGGAUGACAGCACCACCACCUCCGUUGGACUGUCCACCUGGAUUGGAAUAUUUAACUCAGAUAGAUCAGAUACUGAUUCAUCAACAAGUUGAACUUCUGGAAGUCCUAAUAGGUUUUGAAACCAAUAACAAAUACGAAAUCAAGAACAGCUUUGGACAGAGGAUUUACGUUGCAGUGGAAGAUACUGAUUGCUGUACCCGAAACUGCUGUGGGUCGGACAGGCCUUCUACCAUUAAGAUUAUUGAUAACAUGGGCCGCGAAGUCAUCACGCUGGAGAGACCACUAAGGUGUAGCUCCUGUUGUUGCCCCUGCUGCCUUCAGGAGUUAGAAAUCCAAGCUCCUCCUGGUGUUCCAGUAGGUUAUAUUGUUCAGACCUGGCACCCCUGUCUGCCAAAGUUUACCGUUCAAAAUGAGAAAGGAGAGGAUGUGCUAAAAAUUAGUGGCCCAUGUGUUGUAUGUAGCUGCUGUGGAGAUGUUGAUUUUGAGAUUAAAUCUCUUGAUGAAGAAACUGUGGUUGGCAAAAUUUCAAAACACUGGAGUGGAGUUAUGAAAGAGGUGUUUACGGAUGUGGAUAACUUUGGGAUCCAAUUCCCUAUAGACCUGGAUGUUAAAAUGAAAGCUGUGAUGCUGGGCGCGUGUUUUCUCAUUGACUUCAUGUUUUUUGAAAGCGGCGGAGACAGGGAACAGAAACCAGGGGUGUGGUAGUGUAUUAAUGAGAGUUUUCUUGAAAAAUUUGAAGUCCGCAUAUUGGUUGGGAAUAUCCAAAUGGAAAACUCAAGGUGGUUUUUUUUCUUUCCUUAUUAAAAUGAUUUAUAAUGUGUGAAUUACACAGUAAUGCCUGUGACUUCAGUUAUAUGAUUUCUUUUCAAAUUAUAGAGUUUAUUUUCUAUAUUACUGGCUUAUAAAUGUCUUUAUACAUUUUCUUUGAAUGUUCAUUGUGUAUUUUUGAGAAAAGGCAUAUGUAUUUUUAAUUUAGAUAUGACACUUACAAAAAACUGCUUUGAAUUAGUCUGAUUUAUUUUCCAUUUUUUAUAGCACAGUUUAAUUAAAACUUUAUCAUUAAAAUAAUUUUAAUAUAAAGUACACUUUUUUAUUAAAUCAAGUUACAAUGUAGCUCAUAUGUAACAACUAAUAUUAUUUUGAAAACACUGUAUUUUCAAGAAAGUUAAAAAUGAAAGUUAAAAAUUAACAAUUUCCGAAGUUUCCUUUACCAUUAUAUUUGGGUAAUAUUCAAAAUGCAUAUUAGUCAGGAAAAGUAAAAUGUGUGCUUUUCAAUCUUCAGUAAAUCGCAAUAUAUUCAACUUCUCCUAUAAAUUAAUUCACUACUAUAAGCUUUUCAUACUGACCAGACAAUAAGUUCUCUUUGAACAAAGAAAGGCAUGAUUCUUCCCCAAAGAAGUGCACCUUUAAAAGACUCACUUGCUGGAAAACUGGGGUAUUGUGUUUUUGAAGUAAUUAUUUACACGUGGAAUGGUUACAGCCUGUAUUCCAUCAUUCCUAGAAUAUGGUAUUUACAAGAUUACCCAGGUAUUGAUUACCUAGAACAUAUAUAUGCCUUCACAGAAUAUCAACUUCAGUAACCACAUGACUGAAAUAAAAAAAGUGUUGAAUAUUUCCUUGCAUAUUUGAUUUUUGUUUUUAAACUGUGGCCAAUCAGUUCAGGUGGUGUUCUGAAUCCUGCACAUUUAGCUCCCCUUCCCUUUCAAAUCUCCGUUAAAAAGAGCAGUAGCAUAGAUACUGUUUAGUAAAAUUCGUAUCAGUGCUGGAAACUAGGCUGUCUACCUAUCAGACACUUAAAGGAAUUUUUACAUUUUGUAUGUAAGAUUGAGAGAGGGGAUGACCAACUCACAAUUCACCUCAUGCAAAGAAAAGUGUGCUUAGGAAGAGGGGGUGGGUGGAGAGCGACUCCCUUUCAUCUUCAACUCCAUCGACAGCCACUAUUCCUAAUGGUAUUAGCCACAGCAGAACACCACCACCACUAACUCCUAAUGGCAGAUGUGAUGGCAGAUGCUGGGGAGUUGCAAGAAAAGAGAAGCCUAGACAACCUUUCAGUAGUCUAAAUAAUUUACUGGGUGCCAGAUCCCUAUGAUGGGAUGUAACCAUGUGCUCACCCCCAGUUCAUACUUGUUACAGAGAACGUGCCAAAUAAAAUUACUUGAUACCUGAAUACUAGUGACGUUAGUUGUGCCAAUUAGAGAAGGGAGAACUUUCCAUGCUAGCCAUCGGGUGCCACAACCAACCCAGAAAUGAGGCUGAGAGGUAUUGAUAUUGUUUUGGGGACAGAUAUGUUUUACUUUCAUGUCCUACCUCUUUCCUUCUCGUAGGAUUCUGGAUCUAUGGUUAAACAAACUAAAAGUACGGCUGAUCUAGAUAAUUCCUUCCUCCUCCACCUGUGCAAGGAAGUUUGAGCAGAAGCCCACAGAAAAUCUGCAGAACUCUUUAAGUUCACAUACUAGACAGAUACCUUCUCAUUAAAUGUUUAUAAAGAAAAAUCAUCAAACAUAUAAAAAAUUGCCAGUUUAAAUGGGAACAAUUCCAGGGAUUACAACAAGUGUCUUAAUUUGAAAUCUAAUGAGAUUUGAGGGAAGGUUGCAUGUUUAUUUCUGGAACAGGCAGUGAAGGAGAAGGAACAUCCCGAUGUGGCAUAAUUUACCAUAUUUUUAUGCAAAUAACAUGCAUCUUCUACGUUUCUUUGGCAAACACACCCACGCCCCCAUGAGGUAUUUUCAUAAGUGCCACUAUGCCAGUUUUGUUGCUAUAAAAAAUUAGCAUGAUACUUUUACAAAAAUACCUUGCAGGGGUGGAGGGGAGAGCGUGUGGUUGGCAAACAAACAUAGAAAGUUCGAAUUAUUUGCGUAAAAAUACACGAGUAGGGUUGAAGAGUAUGAUGACCACAUUUUAAAGUAUGAUGGGAGUAAUAGUAGAUUGCAUAAAGUAGAAAGCUAACACAAGUAAGACAGAUUUUAGAAAUAUUUCCAGAAAUCAGAUAAACACAAAAUAUAGAGAGAAAAGUUGAGACCUGAGCAACAGAUAGAAUUUAUGCACAGUAUGAUUUUCAGAAGCAGAAACCAGAUGGAGGGCAAAGAAAAAUAAAAUUUAUUUGCCAUCAAGCUAGUGUGUAGCUUCUAGAAGAAUCAGUGUACUACAUACCAGAAAAAAGUAAUGCAAAUAACCUGUGGUUAUUAAUAAAACAAUUCCUGCAUGCCUUCAAUGUGGCAGACAUUGUUAGGCUAUAGCAGAAGGGUUUCUGUGGCCUAACUUACGUGAUAUACCCACAGUCUGCUUCAUAUUUUCCUAUCGCAUCAACAGAGUAUAAUCAAAUUCUGCACUUUUUAAUAGCAGGCAUAUAAAAAGAACCAAAGGAUGUGAAACACAAAUGUAAAUCCUAUUAAGGUAUUUAUGGUAUUUUGCCAUGCCCGUCUUUGAUGCCAACUCAUAGCGA